AUGAAUUAUAUCUGCCUUUUAUAUCAUAACUCAGACUAUUUAAACAAUAUUAUUCAAGAGAAAAAGAGAAAACGAUAUGUAUUAAUUUGAGAAAUUUCUUUAGAAAAAUAACUAAUAGAACUCAAUAAAGUUCUAAAUACCAUGGAAUAUAGAGUAGGAGGUCAGGGCGAGAAUUGAAGCAAAAAUAGAUUUCUUAAUAGGUAAUUUUAAAGAUUAAGUAAAAUAGGCAGAAUAUUAGUUGAUGAAGGAAAUAUUAAAGUUGCUUUGGAAUUUUUUGAUGAAUCAAUUCAAAAAUUUGAUUAAGAUGAUAAUGUUUAUUAAUGGAAGGGUAGUAU